AUGAACCUAUCAUUCCCUAUCCUGUCGCCGAUUCCUCCUCCAGAUAAAUAUCACAAUGACUACUCAGAUCUUCGCUCGCCGAUCCUGACACAGUCCGUCUUGUCUCCUAUCUACACAAUUGUCCAGAGUCCCGAAUUCCUCUCAGACUUCUCGCGAACUAUCCUCCCGGUUUUUCAGCUCAUACCUUGGAUCAUGGCAGCAAUAUUAGGCGGCGGAGAGGAUGCUCUAGGCCAGCUGGGGCAGUUCCCUUUAGAACAGUGGUUCUUCGAGAUGCCGCCCUGCACCCGAUACUGGACAACAGCCACAGUCAUAACAUCAGUUCUCCUGCAAUGCAAGGUCAUCACGCCGUUUCAGCUCUUCUACUCAUGGCGUGCAGUAUAUCAUAAGUCUCAGUACUGGCGACUGAUUACAACGUUCAUUUACUUUGGCCCCCCGUCCCUCGAUCUUGCCUUUCACGUCUUCUUCCUCCAGCGGUAUUCGCGGCUUUUGGAACAAGGCUCGGGCCCCUCGCCGGCCGUCUUUUCGUGGCUUCUGCUCUAUGCAUGCGCAUCACUACUCGCGCUCAGCUCACUCACCACCUCAAUCCCGUUCCUGGGCUCCGCGCUGUCGAGCACACUAGUGUACAUCUGGUCUCGGCGGAACCCGGAUACGCGACUCAGCUUCCUGGGAGUGCUUGUGUUCACGGCACCCUAUCUACCUUGGGUGUUGAUGGGCUUCCACAUGUUCAUGCAUGGUAGUAUCCCCAAAGAUGAAAUCUUGGGUGUCGUUGUUGGCCACGUCUAUUAUUUUCUUGCCGACGUCUGGCCUGGUCUACAUGAAGGACAGAGACCAAUGGACCCUCCAGAAUUCUGGGUUCGAUUAUGGGAAGGGCGGCGGGCGGAAACUGGAGAGCGAAACAUCGAUGGAGAUGUAGCUGCCGCUGCUGCGCGACCUGGAGAGGUACGGUGA